AUUUUUUAACAUUCGAGAGAUGGCGCUAUUAGAAUAUAAUACAUGUGUUCUAUUAAAAUAUAAUACAGGUUAAACGAUAUGUUUUCAUCAGAGGAAAUAAAAGAGCAGUUAAAAAAACUGUUAAUAUUAAAACGUAAUGGUGAAUUAGACACCAAAGAGAAACUUCUACUUUCAAACGAUGAAUAUUGGAGAGAUUCUAUCACAUAUGAUUGUUUGGAAGAUUAUAUUUAUCAUCAGGAUGAAGAAAUAAAAUUAAAUACACUUGCUCUUAUAGUAGAAUCGAAAAAGAGUACUUUAAAAUUUACACCUAAAGAACUUGAAAUAAUUAUUUUAUUUCUGCAUGUAAAUUUUAAGGAAAAUAUAGAAUUUGUACCUCUAAUAAAAAAGGUUUUACAGCGUAUAAAAGACAGCUUAGCUGUUAUGAGAAGACAAUAUAUGCAAGAAGAAAAAAUGAGAAAUUAUUAUGUAAAAAAUUGUAAAUCAUUGGAUAUAAAACAACAAGUAUUAGAUGAAUCUUAUAAAAUGUCUAAUAAUUUAGAAAGUGAAAUAAAUUUAUAUUGUAAUACAUUUCAAUGUAUACGAAAAAUAUGUAUAUGUAGCCCUGAUGCUACAUAUAACAGAAGAAAAUAUUCUCUGCAAAUAUUACUUUUAAUGAGAGAUUUAUUAGAUAAUGAAUUUAAACAAAUUACUUGGAAAAAUGAGCAAAUAGAGACAAUAUUUAACCUAAUGUUAUUAGAUACAUAUGAAAAAAAUAAAGAAAUGGCUUUUAAUUUAAUAAAAUCAAUGGAUCCAAGUUUAUUGCAAUUAAAUAAUGAAAAUCAUGUUCUUGAUAUUAUAAUGGUUGCUAUUGAAUUAGGUAAUAGCAUCAGACCUAUUGAUAGUAUUACAGCUACAUAUAUGCUAAAAGUUAUUAUGUUAUCUCCUGUUAUUCAAAAUGUACUUGAAAUUCAUUUUAAUAUAUUAAUGCAAUCUAAAGAGAUAACAGAAGCAAUAACAUUACAAUUAAUAUUUAUUUUACUGAAAAAAUUAAAGGAUUCUUUAACUCUAGCAAAGCAAAAUAUAGUAAAAACUGUUAGUAAACAUUCUUUAUAUGGAUAUCUUUUUUGUAUUAGGAAUUUGUUGGCAUAUGAAUGCAACUUGGAAGCUAUUAGUAAUGAAUAUUUGUGGCAAAAUACUAUAGCAGAAUUGAUAUCUGUAUGCUUUGAAUUUAGUCGUGCAGUUUCUUUAAUAGUAAAUAAUUCUUCACCUGAGGGACAUUUGCCAAUGGAUUUAAAUUUACAAGUUAAUAAUGAAUUGUAUUAUUCUAAUAAGCAAUUAGUAACAUCACAAAUGGUGUUACUUUGUUCUUGGCGAACUAUAAAAGAAAUUAGCUUAUUAUUUGGUUUGCUUUCUACUAAUGCACCUAUAUGUGAAGAUAAUUCCUUUAGUGGAUUAUUAAAUGAAGAGCAAAUUAACAGAAUAGGAGAACAUUUGGUUUCAUUGCUUAUUGAAACAAAACAUAGAGGAGCAUUUGAACAAGCAUAUGUUGGUUUUAGUCAAUUAUGUUUUCGUUUAUGGCGUUUAAAUAAAACGAAUUUAAAUCAAUUGCCUAAACUAUGGUUAUAUCAAAUUUUAAUUGCUAUUACAGGAAUUAAAGAAAAUUCAAAAUUAUGUGCAACCAGAAGAAGUGCAGGUGUACCAUUUAUGAUACAGGCUUUAUUAUCUACUGAAGUUCGUCAACACAAAGAUACAAGAACUAUAAUCUUUGAUUCAGUGAUGAAAAUUUUAUUGGAAUUCACACAGUUGGAAAAUGCAAAUAUAUGGGAAAAAAUUCAACAAAUAAUGUAUUCUAACCCAGUAUUUAUAUACUCUGAAAAAUCACUAGCAAUAUCGAAACACAAUCAUUCUUUAAAUGAAAAUAUUGCUCAAAUUACAGAAAUUAAAACACAUGCCUUAAAUAUUUUAAGAGCAAUUUUUCGAUAUUCUCAUCUUGCAGAAAUAGUACAUAACUACAUUGAAGAUGGUUUAAUAGCUGCAUUUAGAAGUUAUGAUGCAUUAACAUGGGCGGAAAGAAACGCCGCAACACUGCUUUUUAGUGCACUCAUUAUUAGAAUUUUUGGUGUUCAAAGAACAAAAGAUCAUAUUAAUCUUACAACAGAUAAUAAAAUGAAUUAUAAAUUAUUCUUUGAAAAAUUUCCUAAUUUAUUAUCUUUUAUCUUAGAUGAAUUACAAAAAUUUGUAGCAAUGGAUGAUAUUUUUAUAAAAGCCAAUGUGCAAUCAAUUUUACUAUUAUUAUCACGAUUAUAUUAUAACCAUAGUUCUGAAUUCUCUAACAAUAUUCAAUGGAGGAUUAAUGACCUUAUAGAUUUAAUUAUUCGAUGUGCAAAAAGUGCUAUAUUUGAAACACGUAAAUUAGCAGCCCGAGCACUUGUAUCUUUAUUAACAGAACAAUCUAUUCAAUGUGUUUUAACGAAAAUAAUUGAAUAUUUAGUAUCUGCAGAAAUUAGUAAUUUAUCUUUGAAUUCAACGCACGGUUAUAUGUUACAAAUAUAUGAGAUAUUGAAACAUUUUAAUUUUGAAUCUUUUAAAUUAGUUGAAAUAAAUUGGGAUAAAUUUUUAAAACAAACAAUUUGGAUUUUAGAAAAUUUGGAACAAAAAAAUUUGAAGUCAUCAAGUUUUUUAUUGGCUGCAGUUUACAUAGAUGUUUGCAACGAAAUAUAUAAAGUGGAUAAAACAUAUUUGAUACGACAAUUUUCGAUGUUAAAUACGAUCAUUUCUCAUUUAUUAGGUGAAAAACUAAAAAAAGGACCAGCACAAGAAUUAUAUAAAGUAUCUGCCAUUAAAUUUAUUCGAACAAUAGCAAAAAAAACUUCACUAAUUCAACAGUCUAUAUUAAUUAAAAUAUAUUUAUAUAAUUUAAGAGUAUCCGAAAUGCAAAUUACUAUAUGGUCAAUUAUAAUAGAAAUUAUUAAUGAAAUGAAAGAUAAUGAGGUAUCACUACUAUUAUUAAAUUAUGGUUUUAAUGAAAUUCGUAAUUCGAUAAAAUUUCUUCACAAAUAUAAUCCAGAAUUGCAAGAUGCAAUGUUUGAUUUUCUAUAUAAUAGCUUAAUAUAUUUUAAUCAAAUUGAAUUAUCUGAUUUUAUGAAGAUAAUCAAUAUUUGUAAAUUUGUAUUGAAUGAAAUACGUCCAAAAAAUAAUAAAAAUAGUUAUUACGAAAGAGAUUGUUAUUUGAGAUUGUUGGGAAAGUCAUAUGUAACUUUAGUUUUUUUGAACAAACAUGAAGAAACAAUUAAUUUAGAUUGUACAAAUGAUGUGUAUGCUAGUUUCUGCGAUAAUCUAUGGAUUACAAGUUUAAAUGAAGAUUUUAGAAAAUCUGUAUUUGAAAUAAUGCAGAGUCUCUUUCUAGCAUGUUAUAAACGCCAUGAAUAUCGAUAUAUACAGGUUCAAUGGUGGACAACAGUAUUACAAUUGUUGCUAGAUAAUAAUUCUAAAAUACGAUAUGAAGCAUUUUUAUUAAUUGAUCAUAUACCAAUACAUUGUACAGUGAUCAAUGAUUAUUUUUAUUUGAAUUUAUUACUCUCUAAAUUUUUUGAAUGCAAUGUACAUAAUAAAUGUCCCGAAUUUACAUGUAUUGUACUGUUUUAUUGGAGUAUUGCAUUAUUAGAUGAUACAGAUUAUGAAAUGGAUGAUACAGAUGUAUUUAAUAAAUGUACCAAUUAUGAAUUUUUUGAACCUGUGGAAAUAUCAAGAAUUUGUGCAGAAUUUUUAAUAAAAAAUAUGAAAUGUUACAUGGAUAUUAUAUUGCCAGAUGAAGAUAUAAAUUGGAUAAAUUCACUUUUGAAUGUUAAAUUUCAAAAAUCUAUUUCAUUUAAAACUCUUAUAAGAAAUUAUGAAUCUUAUCUCCCUCUUCUUGAAAAUAAAUUGCAUGAUAUUUUAAAUCCCACAUAUAAAAAUAAAUUAUUUCAAAUUUUAGUUUACAAACAAUAUAAAAAAAUAUUAUAA